ACUUACGUAGUCUAGCUCUGAUCUACCUGAAAAGUGUCACGCGUGGGAGAGAGCCAUCAUGGACAAAUUGUUCAAAGAACUGACUAUCGCUCGAGCACACGACGGCUAUCGCAGCGGCAAAUUCACGGCUCGCGAAGUAGUAGAGUACUACCUGCACCGUAUCGAGCAACUCGACAAAGCUGAAAGCGGCCCUCACCUGAACAGCAUUCUCGGCGUGUCCACCACUGCACUCGAGGAAGCCGAGGCGUUGGAUGCCCACCUCAAGAGCACAUCCGCAUUCAAAGGCUCUCUACACGGCAUCCCGGUCGUCGUCAAGGACCAAGCCGCCACCAAAGGUUUGACAACGACGUAUGGCUCCAUCGUCGCAAAAGACUAUGUCCCCACAGAAGACGCGACACUGGUCGCCAAGCUGAAAGCCGCUGGGGCAAUUGUGCUUGCGAAGACCAGCAUGCCCGACUGGGCGACAUCAUGGCAUUCGACAUCAUCAAUCUCGGAAGUCACCCGCAAUCCAUAUGAUCUGAAACGCGACCCUGGUGGCUCAAGUUCAGGAACCGGUGCGGCAGUGGCAGCUGAUCUGGGCUUGCUCGGUAUUGGCGAAGACACAGGAGGCUCCAUCCGUCUACCGUCUUCGUUCUGUGGCCUCGUCGGCAUCCGCUGCACACCAGGCAUUAUCAGCCGAUACGGUCUCUCACCUCUCCUCGUUCCGCAGGAUACUCCAGGUCCCAUGUGCCGCACAGUUACCGAUGUCGCACUUAUGCUCGACGUUUUAGCCGGUUUCGACGCGCAAGAUCCCUACACAGCGGCAGCAGUCAUCUCCGGAGAACCCGUCGGUGGUAGCUAUGCCGCCAACUUCUCCGUUGACAAGAUCAAGACUGCAAGAAUUGGCGUGCUACGCGAAGCUUUCGGCCCAGACUCAGACCCCGAUUGUCGCGCCACCAACAAUGUCAUCAACAACGCACUCAAGAAAUUGCAAGAAAAUGGGGCAACCCUAGUCGACGUCGAAAUCCCCAACCUCAAGCCUCUCCUGGAAGAGACAUUCACCUACCCACAGCGCUCUCGAUCAGACCUGGACGCAUUCUUCAGUCGACACUCUUACCUCAAGACCAGCACCAAAGAAAUCUAUGGCUCAAAGAGGUACCAUCCAGCACUAGACCUGUUCGAGGAUAUUGCUCUCGGCGAGGGAACGCCCCAGGAUGACCCCAAGUUCACGACGCGGCUCCUCUUGCGAGAAGAAUUGCAGCGCUCAGUCGUCACAGUCAUGGCCAAACAUCAGCUGGAUGCACUAGCGUUCCCCGACUGCCAGAUCCCAGCGCCACUACUCGAAGACGUUCUCAAGCAGCGAUGGCCUGCUGCAGACUUCCCAACGAACACUCUGGUCGCGUCUCAAUCGCUCAUGCCUGCUGUCACCGUACCAGCCGGACUGACCGAGGGCGAUGCAGGUUUACCUGUUGGCUUGGAGUUGCUUGGUCUCCCAUACCGUGAACAGACCUUGCUUGAGCUUGCCUAUGGCGUUGAGCAACUGACUUUGGCCCGGCGGCCGCCUCAACUGUAAAGUCUUGCUGGUACAUAGCUCAAUCCUGUCGUAGACCUAUGAAUGACUUGAUGCAUAUAUCAGCCAGGAGACGAGGUCAGCCCCUAAAACGUAUAACUCAGCGUCAUUCUUCCACAAGUGCAGAGCUCUUGGUAGGAUACAGAACUGAAGCCAGCAGUGUCGUGUCGAAAGUUUUACAUUCGCCAU